UACGGUGAUCUGGUAACUCACGACUCCCAUGCUGAAUCUCUUAAAGAACCUUAUUAAAUCUUCCUGCACCACUUAUCCACAAGGAGCUUCAUUAAAAAGUCCUUCUGGCAACCGAUUCUUUAGUGCUUCAAAGUGUUGGUUUCCAAGUAAAUCUUUAUUCUUCAAUGACUUUCUCAGCCUCUACCUCAAAGUUUAAGAUGGCUUCUGGACUCCAUGCUUUAGAUUCAGUAAUGGGUUUAAGGGCUAAACUCCCUUUCAGAGUGGAACCAGGAAAACCUUCUAUGCCGACCAUGUUCACCUUGAUGCUGUUUAUCUGGUGUUUCCUGUUUGUCUCCCAUGUUGGCUGCCAAAGUAACUUCACACCUCAGCCUCUUCAGUCAGAAGUGGGGAUAUCUGAACUGCCCAACAACGACCCCCCUCCUCGACUGGCCGCAGUCCAUCGUACUUCAAACACAGAGACGCAUAUCUCACAAGAGACUGUUAAUAAACCGCCAAUCUCGUUGGACUCUGAAGAAGGAAAACUGAAGGCUUUGAACAAACCUAAGCCCAAACUUGAUAAAAAACCUCUACCGCCCAUAUCAUCCUCCAACUCAUCAAAGACACAAACGCCCCCCUCCUGCCAGCAGAAAACCUCAAUAAAAAGUGCUUUCAAAUAUGUUAACACAGUGCUGUCCUGCUUGAUCUUUGCUGUUGGGAUCAUUGGAAACGCCACCCUGCUGAGGAUUAUCUACCAAAAUAAAAGCAUGAGGAAUGGACCCAACGCCUUAAUAGCCAGCCUCGCCCUGGGAGACCUCAUAUACAUCGCCAUAGACAUCCCAAUCAAUGUCUACAAGCUCCUGGCGAUGCAGUGGCCCUUCGCAGACAGCCUCUUUGGUCUUUUCCUCUGCAAGCUGUUUCCAUUCCUGCAGAAAGCUUCAGUCGGCAUCACCGUCCUCAACCUGUGUGCUCUCAGUGUGGACAGGUAUCGUGCCGUGGCGUCCUGGUCCCGGAUUCAGGGCAACGGCGUUCCCACGGUAACGGCGAUAGAGAUCGCUGUAAUCUGGCUGCUGUCCAUUGUCCUCGCCGUGCCGGAGGCCUUAGGCUUCACCAUACACACCUUCGAACGCCAUAACAUCACCUUUAGGACCUGCAUCCUGCAGCCCCAGACUCCCUUCAUGACUUUCUACCGGGAUGCCAAGGACUGGUGGCUGUUUGGCUUCUACUUCUGCGUCCCUCUGGCCUGCUCAGCUGUUUUCUACGGCCUCAUGACCUGUGAGAUGCUGAGGCAUCAGAAGGGACACCUGAGGAUCUCGCUGAGUGAACACCUUAAACAGCGCCGUGAAGUGGCUAAAGCCGUAUUCUGUCUGGUGGUGAUCUUCGCACUCUGCUGGUUUCCGCUUCACCUGAGUCGACUUCUAAAGAAGACGGUCUACAAACCGCAUGAUGUUCACCGCUGCGAACUCUUGAACCUGCUGCUGGUGCUCGACUACUUCAGCAUCAACAUGGCGACCAUAAACUCCUGUAUCAAUCCCAUCAUCCUCUUCUUUGUCUCUAAGAAGUUCAAGAACUGCUUUAAGUCCUGCCUGUGUUGCUGGUGUUACCAUGGCUCCCUCUCCAACAGCAUGCAGCCCCUCCAUCACGGCACCAGCCAGCAGUACAAACACACCGACCACUGAACCACUCCCCUCCACCGGAAGGACGUUCAGCAGCCUGUCCAGCAGAAAUGUGUUCACUUCUAAUAUGUGCACAUAACCUGUACAGCUCUGACAGCUCUCUUUUGAGGUUGGGAGACCUCUAAAUAUCACAGGAUAUGAGAUUUAAAACAGAAUUUAAGCUUUCAGUUUGUAAAGAGUUGGUGGUUUAAGCCCUGGUUCUGGCUUUCAAUGUCAUUAUCAAACA